GAGAAUAAUGACCGGAUUGAUGAUGCUGCUCUUUAAUUUGUUGGAUGUAUGGAUAACACCUGGGGCUGCUGCACCUGAAAAGUUUCCUGCUCUUUCUCGUUAGUACCGUUAUGUGUUCACUUGAAAAGGAUCAUCCUCUAUUCCAAGCAAUCUUGCUCGCUUGAGCAAUCCUCUCUCGUGCUCCACCCCGCCAUUCAUGGGACCUAAGUCCUUAACACCAUCCACCCUCCUUCACUGACCACGCUUCCUCUCCAUCGGUGCACAAAAAAUGCGACCUUUCUCCUUAGACACCACUGACCUGCGCUUCUCAUCCCAAGUUUCCACAACCCCCACCAGUUGUUCGACGAAAUUCCGAAGUGAGCUUCGCCACACUCAGAACCCAUCAUUUAUACUAUGUCAAGUAUCUAAACGGAGCUCGUCAUCGGGUAGCGUGGGCCUGCAGAGGAAAACCCAGAAGGAUCUUUCUCGGAUACUGAGGACGGAGUCAGCUAUCAAGGAGAUCGAGAGGAAGGCCAACUCCAAGAAGUACAACAAUUUGUGGCCUAAAGCCGUGUUGGAGGCCCUGGAUGAGGCUAUUAGAGAAAACCGUUAUGAGUCUGCUCUUAAGAUAUUCGGCCUUCUUCGUAAGCAGCACUGGUAUGAGCCAAGAUGCCAAACGUACACAAAGCUUCUGAUGAUGCUUGGCAAGUGCCGGCAGCCUGAGCAGGCAGGUUUGCUUUUCGAGCUUAUGCUGGUGGAAGGGCUUAAACCUACUCUCGAUGUUUAUACGGCUCUAGUCAGUGCUUAUGGUCAUAGUGGCCGAAUUGACGAGGCAUUAUCUACUCUAGAAGCAAUGAAGUCUGUCUCAGAUUGUAAACCCGACGUGUACACGUACUCUAUUCUCGUGAAUUGUUGCAUGAAGUUCCGUCAGUUCGAUCUGAUUGAACAAAUACUUUCUGAGAUGUCAUAUCUUGGAAUAAGUUGCAGCAUCGUCACAUACAAUACUAUGGUCGAUGGAUAUGGCAAGGCUGAAAUGUUUGAACAGAUGGAGAAGUCAUUGACAGACAUGAUUGACAGUGGAUCCUGUCUUCCUGAUGUUUUUACUCUUAAUUCGGUCGUGGGGGCUUAUGGAAAGAGCGGACAGAUUGAUAAGAUGGAGAAGUGGUAUGAGGAAUUUCAACUUAUGGGUAUAAGGCCUGAUAUUAUUACAUUCAAUACCCUGAUUGGAUCAUAUGGGAAGGCAGGGCUCUAUGAGAAGAUGAGUUCUGUUUUUUAUUAUAUGGAGAAAAGGUUCUGUUCCCCUACAACUACAACCUAUAAUGCAAUAAUUGAUAUCUAUGGAAAAGCUGGCGAUGUGGAAAAGAUGGAAGAAUACUUCAAGAAAAUGAAGCAUCGAGGAAUGAAGCCUACCCCUGUCACGUACUGCUCUCUGGUUAGUGCAUACAGUAAAUCUGGACUGAUCAUGAAGGUGGACUCGAUCUUGAGGCAAGUCGAUAAUUCUGAUGUGGUGCUGGAUACUCCUUUUUUCAACUGCAUCAUUAGUGCAUAUGGUCAGGCUGGCGACAUUGAAAAGAUGAGGGAAUUGUUCUUGUUGAUGAAAGAGAGAAAUUGCUCACCUGAUACUAUCACCUAUGCUACCAUGAUCCAAACAUACAAUGCCCUAGGCAUGACUGAGGUUGCUGAAGAUUUGGAGAACAACAUAAUAAGAACCAAGGACCAUCCAGGCUUGAAGUUGAUUGGAUGCUAGCAUUGUUGAUGUGGAACGGAUCUCAAUUGAUGGAGGACUAGAAUGUUCAAGAUUCUCAAAGCAUAAUUCGCUGAUUACUUGGUUCUGAGAUUAUCUGUAAUGUUUGUUAUACCUUUUCUGUUUUGGAGAUUAUACUAUCACAGAGUAUAUAACAAUCAGAAUUUUAUCAAGUUCCAAAAUUACAAGUCUCCCAAUGCAGGAUUGUCUUUAGAUUAGCUUCAGUGUCCAUGAAGUCCAAGCUCACCUCAACCCCAUCCGGGCCACCAACCUGGGGAUGUCAGUUGGCUCAGCAAGAUUGCAAGAAAGUUUCAUCUGGAGGAGUUAAGAUAAUUUAUAAGGUGCAAACUGUUACUAAGACAGCUUCGCUAGAUUUUUCGGAGGCCUUGAAAUGCUGCUGGGUUUGUUGGGUACAAUUUGGUAAAGUUACUUCUUGUGGAUAUUCUAUUUUUUGUUCUAUCAUGGGGACCUCAGCACUGAAUUUCCAUUUUUCAAAAUAAGAACACCAAA